AUGCUUCUGCCGGCGGUCCUUCUGGCUUGGACCGCCACCUCGGAGGCGGUCACCUUCCCCAAGGACAAGUACAACGAACUCGACGAAUUCGGUGCAUGCCUGAGGACGGACGAUCCUCUCAUUCCGUGCUUGACCUCGGGCUUCGUCAAGACCCUGGAAGCCACGAGGGAAGUCUCGGAAAUCAAUCUUGGCGACGGCCUGACUCUCAUGCAUGAUUACGAAGACGAAAGCAUUCCACAAACGAUAACAGGCGAUCCUAGGGAGGCCCGGACCCUCCUCGACGCAUUUGGGCUUUACAUGGACCGGAGAUAUUUGCUAUGGGAUAUGAGCCAGCUUUUCCCAGGCCUUGUGAUGAGGGUGGGCCCUUCAGCACGGGGGAGUCUCCAGUUUUUACUUGACAAGAGAAGAAUCGUCGACGACCGGGCUCUUUCCACUGGUGGUUUGCUGUUGAAAAGAACCAUUCUACCGGUGCUUCUAGGGGUUAAGUUGAAUGUAGCCUCCCUAGUACCACUGCUUUUUGCCAUGGUCAUAAUUCUCGUGAAGAAAGCGUUGCUCUUCAGUAAAUUUUCAUUUCUUCUCAGCGGAUUAUCGUUGUACAGGCGGGGAACGUUCGACAGCAGUUCGAACUUCGGAGGAGGUGGUAUCGGCGGCGGUCCAGCUGCUUAUUCAGCGCCCCACAAGCACGUCAUCAUCGAUAGGGAUCGGCCAUUCGAUCACCGAAACCCUUGGUUCCUCAGGGAAAACGAAGACGUUUAAUAGUAUUAAAA